AUGGGAUACAGCAGGCCAAGAAAGGUUUCACGCUUUGGGACCAAUUUAUUACCGGGCUUCAAACGGGGCACUUUGGUUUACGAUAUCACUGAUGAGGAUUCUUUCCAAAAGGUGAAAAAUUGGGUUAAAGAGCUCAAAAAAAUGUUGGGCUCAGAAAUCGUAUUGAUGAUUGUAGGAAACAAAUUGGAUUUGGAGCAAGAUAGAAAUGUCAGUGUAGAAGAAGCAGAAAGUUAUGCAGCUCAAGUAGGCGCUAAGCAUUUUCAAACGUCUGCAAAAUUGAAUGAGGGAAUCGAAGAAUUGUUUUCAUCACUAACUCGAGAGAUGUUAAAUCAUGCAACCCAGUUACAGAAAAGCAGGCCUCAUCGUGGCCCAGAACGAGUUCAACAAGACGAACAAAUGUGGUCAUCGUAG